UGUGCCGAGGCCUCCAAUUGGAUGGUAUGGCCAACUAUGUAUUUACUUACACAUUAAGUAAGGUGCGUUUGUUUCUGGGGAUUUCAACAUUUGAUCAGUUGAUCCAGAGUGAAGCCUUGCUGUUGAGAGCGGAGGCCUUGGAAGAUCUCUGACAUUAGACCAGCCUUUCCUUUCUGAUUAAGUGAUCUUUCAACGGGGUUUCGCCGAAUAUUAAGAAUCGUCAAAAGACCGUCUUUUUUUGCCUUGAAUGUGAAACUGAAGAGCUGCGCCCAUCUGCACUGAACUGAGGUCGAGAGAGCUUGAUAUGGAAUUGCGCGCAAUGUUGAUUGCAGCUUUCCUCGUGCUUACAAUCGGUGAGACUAAUUUUGUCAAGUCUGCAGAUGACAAUGUUGUCAUUAGUACAAGAUAUGGAUCAAUUCAGGGAGUAAUCCGCCGCUUCCCGAGUAUCAACAAACCCAUCAAAGCUGUGAACAAGUUUCUUGGCAUUCCGUACGCUGCGCCGCCGGUCGGAGAAUUGCGGUUUAGACCUCCGAAGCCAGUCUCCGCUUGGAAACCUGCUACUUACAACGCCUCGUACUUUCGAAGCAUUUGCAUACAACCCGGCGACUACAAUGUGCUCUUCUGGCCGAAUUUCUCCCACCCAGAGAGCGAGGAUUGCCUGUUCUUGAACGUCUACACACCCCACCGGACUGACAGCUCAGCGGCCGGAGACUCCUACCCGGUCAUGGUUUACAUUCACGGUGGGGGGUACGAGGUGGGUACCCCCGUCGUAUCCCCCGGAGAUGUGAUACCCCUGUGGGGAGUCGUUCUGGUCACCAUACAAUACCGAUUGGGGCCCUUUGGUUUCGUUACAACUGGUGACCCUGAGGCACCCGGAAAUUAUGGGAUGUUGGACCAGAUCGCGGCUUUGAAGUGGAUCCAAGAAAACAUCAAAGACUUUGGAGGAAAUGCGUCAAGUGUUACCAUAUUUGGUGAAAGCGCAGGUGGGUCUAGUGUUGGACUGCACGUGCUGUCUCCUCGCUCGAAGGACCUUUUUCACCGUGCUAUUGCUAUAAGCGGUGUUGAACUCUCUCCUUAUGCAACUGGAUCAAACACUUCUGCUGUGAAACACACAAAAUAUUUGGCUAAAGCAGUGAAAUGUCCCGUAGAUGAAAGCAGCGCGAUCAUAACGUGCCUUCGCUCAAGGGAAGCGCGUAAACUUUUGCUCAACACAGCUAAUAUAUGGAGACCUGUAGUGGAUGGUGACUUCCUACCAGACACACCCGAAAGUCUCAGAAAAUCCGGGAAAUUCAACCGCGUCACACUCAUGGCGGGCUUCACAAGCCAGGAAGGAGCGUACUUCUUUCCAGGCCAAAUCAAUGCUCUCACCGUUAAAAACUUUCCAGAAACGGUCAGUUUUGUGCUGCAAUACAUCCUCAGCAGAUACGGACAGACAUGGACACCUGAAACCAAGGUGGCUGAAUCUCUGAUAGACGCGGUUGUUUUUAUGAACACUCCGUGGCCUUACGUUGAAGACCUCAAUAAACUGAGACGCGGGUUUUCGGAUGUAGUCACUCAUUCUUGCGUUGCAGAACCCGCGCAUGCGAGUUUGACAUUCCACAGCAAGCAUAGCCCAGCCUACCUCUAUGAGUUCGCGUAUCGUUCGAAACUGGACCCCUCGCCCGAAUGGCUGGGCGUAAGGCAUAAGGAUGACACACCAUACCAGUUCGGUUUUCCACUGAUGAACCUCACCGUCCUUCAAAACUUCGACGAAGCCGACAGAAACGUAAGCGACAUGGUCAUAACACUGUUCACGAAUUUUGCCAAAUACGGUAAUCCGACACCAGGGCCCGUGGGCGGCGCCUCAUGGGAGAGAUUUAACCAGAGUCACAUGGUCUACCUUCGGAUUCUGGAGGAGCCGUCAAUGGCGAUCAACUAUCAGCCAACCAAGAUGGCGUUUUGGCGUGAGUAUUAUAAAACGUUUUUAACAGAGAAAGAAUGUCGUGUUUUAGCCGUGGCAAGUCGGGGAACUAGAGGCAACGAAAUACGAAUCACUUCGUUUAUACUCGUUUACGUAAUCAUUGUUACCGUGUUGUUUUAAGCAUCGUUCAUGAAGCAUUACAGGAAUUGCGGCUCCUAUAGGUAUAUUUUAGUUAACCCGGUUGUCCGAAAUACGAUUAUCGCUUAUCUAGAAUUAAAAGUUAAUCGUAGUUUUUACAUUCGAUUCCCAAAUACAACUGCUAAUAUUUUGCAGAUUAGCCGAAAGUCAAAACAGAGAGAAAAACGACAACAACGGGAAAUGUCUUUAAAGGUUGCAAACCCGAAAUAUAAUAAAAAAAAGUGCAUGCUAACCUUGAUUGACGCAACCGUACUUUGAAUAAUUGGGACCUUUGUUCUAAUAGGACUAGCCUGUUCCAGAUUCUCGUGUCAGGCCAGUGCGAACGGUCAAAAAAGCCGGCGAUUGAAAGAAAAACGAGCGGGGUCUGGGAGAGAAAAAAGUAAGGAUCAGUCCCGCUCUUUUUUCGUUCGUCUCGCCCGCUUCUUUGAUAGUCUUCACUGACCGAGAGCCUGGAACAGACUAAAUAGGACAGGAUUAACGCCCUAGAGGCUGCAUUCUUCAUGACCAGCGAUGAAACGUUUUUUUGUUUUUGACUGGUAGGUAAGCGGGAAGAGAACAAAGGUCCUGGGUAGAGAAUUCAGGAGAUUGUUAGACCAGUUGUGUUAUAGAGCAGUUUUCAUUUGAAUGACGAAAAGUGAUUGGUUUUGCAUCGCUACGCCAGACGAUUGGCUUAAAAAA